ACUUGGAAGAAAAUUCUCAGCCUCCGUAGAGCAGCUGCACACUCGGGCGGCACGGAGCCGCUUAAAGACGCUUUUACUUUGUGGUGACUUUAGGUGCUGUUUACAUUACCCCCCAGAAUCACACAUAUACAAAUUAACAUAUCGAAAUAUCCAGCACCUAUGUAAUAGGUGCAUCUAGUGCAGCCAUGCGAACGGCUUAUUUCUUACUCUGUUUAUGCGCGUCCGUCUCUGGUCAGGAUCUGGAAACACCGCAGUAUGAUGCCAUCGAGGAGAAAGUGGACUUGAAAGCACAAGAUGCUGACCGUCGAUCUUCAAGGCAAGUUAACCCUCCUCAGAAGCUGGAGACUAGACCUCACAUCACAGAUUUCACAGUGAAAACAACAAUUAUUUCCCGAUAUGCUUUCACUGCAGUUUCAUGUAGUAUGAUCAACCGAGUGUCAGCUGCUAAGGAAGGUGUUUUCCAAGUUCAGAUUCCAUCUUCAGCUUUCAUCUCCAACUUUACCAUGAUUAUUGCAGGACGAGUUGUUCCUGGCACAGUACAGGCAAAGGAAAAAAAAAUCAUUGAUCCCACCCAGGAAGCCAAGAAAUUGAGGAAUGCGACUAAAGCAAGCAGUAGUGAAAAUGAAAUGGAGACAUUUCGAAUGGCCGUUAACAUCCCAGGAAAGAACAAGGCAACAUUUCUUUUGAUCUAUGAGGAACUUCUACAGAGACGCCUGGGAAAAUAUGAACUUGUAACAAGCAUUCGUCCACUGCAGCUAGUUAGCAAACUAUUAGUAGAUAUUACCAUUUUGGAGCUUUCCGAGAUAACGUACCUUGAAGUGCCUCCACUGCGAAAUUCAAGAAAUAAUGGCUUAGGAGCCACAACAAAACCGAGCAACCAGGUCACAAUUCCACCAUCAACUACUAUCAAGCAGGAUAAGACCACCUGUAGAAUUACCUUCAGUCCUAACAUAGUGCAGCAGGCCAAGAUAGCACGCAAUGGCAUUCUGGGAGAUUUCAUUAUACGAUAUGAUGUGGAAAGAGAGUUAGGAGUAGGACAGAUUCAGGUGUUAAAUGGUUUCUUUGUGCACUACUUUGCACCAAAAGAUCUCCCAGCUGUUCCCAAGAACAUCGUCUUCAUUAUUGACACCAGUUCUUCAAUGGUGGGAACUAAGAUGAAACAGACUAAAGAAGCCCUUUUCACCAUCCUAAAAGACCUACGACCUCAAGACCACUUUAACAUUGUCAGCUUUUCAAACCGCAUUAAAGUAUGGCAUCAAGGGAAGCUGGUACCUGUAUCACCAGAUAAUAUCCGGGAUGCAAAAAAAUUCAUUUAUCUCUUAAACCCCACUGGAGGAACAAAUAUAAAUGGAGGCAUUCAGACAGGAACCGCUUUAUUAAGCGACUACAAUGCCCAAGUGAAGGAUACUCAAAGGAGAGUUUCCUUGAUCAUUUUUCUGACUGAUGGACGUCCCACUGUGGGAGAAAUUCAGUCUCCCAAGAUAGUUAACAACACCAAGCUUGCUGUUCAAGAGAAAAUCUGUGUGUUUAGCAUUGGCAUUGGCAAUGAUGUGGAUUACAGACUACUGGAACACUUGUCUUUAGAAAACUGUGGCAUGGUGCGAAGGAUUCAUGAAGAAGCAGAUGCAAAAACAAUGCUCAAAGGAUUUUACGAUGAAAUUGGCACUCCUCUUCUUUCGGAUAUUCACAUACACUAUACAGAUGACAUGGUCGAUUAUGUAACCCAAAACCUUUUUAUCAACUACUUUAAUGGAUCAGAAAUUGUCAUUGCUGGAAAAUUAUCAAAUCCAGACGCAGACACACUGCAUGUCCAGGUAACUGCCAGCAACAGUGACAAGAGCAUUGUGUUGGAGUCUAAUGUACCUCUGAAAAACAAAGAAAAAGAAGUGCAGAAAACUAUUGCCAGCUUGGAAAAGGUAAAUGAAGAAAACAACUACAUUGAACGACUUUGGGGAUACCUAAGUGUUAAGGAGCUACUGAAGUCUAGAAUAAGGAGCACAACCAGCAAGCAACGUGAAUACCUUUCAGACAAAGCAAAGAACCUGUCAGUUAAAUACAACUUUGUAACCCCGCUGAGCACCAUGGUAGUAGAGCUGCCUGACAUACAAAUGGACAGACCCAAUGCUGAUGAAGCAAACCUGAAUGACCACGAUUACGGUGGAAAACCACAGAGUUUGCAUAGGAACGAGAAACAACCAGAUGCUGUUGUUAAAAAUAAAGAAGAGAAGAUUGUAACUUUUUCAAAAACUUCAGCUGAUGGAGACCCACACUUUGUUGUUGACUUCCCAUUGAGCAAGAUGGCUGUAUGCUUUAACAUCAAUGGUGAGCCAGGCGAUGUUAUCAGACUGGUAUCUGACCACACAACUUCAGGAAUCACAGUCAAUGGAAAAUUAAUUGGGGCGCCUGCACCAGUUAAUAGUCAUAAGAAGCAGCGGACCUAUUUUAGCACAAUAACAAUCAUGGUGAAUAAGCCAAAGCGGUCUUACAUUGAAAUCACUCCUCAAAAAGUUAUCUUGGAUGGCAAAGACCGAGUCAUUCUUCCAUGCGAUAAGACCGUCACAGUGGACAGUGGUGACUUGUCCGUGUCAGUGGUAGAGAAGUCCAAUGUAACAGUGACAAUAUGGGGAACCGUCUCUUUUGUAAUCCUUAUUCAUCAGUAUAAAAACCCAGCCUUUUACCAGAGAGACCACCUUGGCUUUUACAUAUCAAACAGCAAGGGCUUGUCCAACAAUUCACAUGGACUACUAGGGCAGUUCAUCUACCAGGACGUUAGUGUCAGUGAAGUGCAACUAAGUAAGACCCAGCAAAAUGGAACAAUUCCUGUCAAUGAUCUUCCAAGUUUCAGUGCUACCUUGAAUCUGAAGGAUCGGCGAAUACCAGUGAUAAAGAAACAGAGGAAGAUAUACAGUGGGAAGCAUCAGGUGGACUGCUGGUUUGUGAAGAACAAUGCAGGCAAGCUCAUCGACGGAACGUACAAAGACUACGUGGUAGCACACUUGUUUGACACGGGCAUGGGGCCAGACGGAUCAAAUGAAGCCUAAUGUCUGAUGCAUAUUACAAAAAGGAAAAAGGAUGUCUACUGCCCGAGAAAUCUUCAAAGAUGCCGAAAUGUAACAUUUAAGAGCAUUACGCUCUCCCUGAUUAUUUGUUUUAUAUUUCAAUGGUUAGCAUAAUUUUUAAAGUCCCACAGGCAAACAAUAAGAUCAAAGUGAAAUUUGAAAGGACUUUUUUUUUUAAUCAUAAUAUGUUCACUCAUGCUACAUUCACAUGCUCUGGGAAAUAUGGGAAAUACAAGCUUCCCAGUGGAAAAAUUUUACAAGGGGAAUUCUAAAAGUAAAGGAAAUGUAUUUUUUAUUAGACAAAUAUACGUGAUACUGACAUAACUAUUACAUUGGUUUUCAACAUACUGUAGUCUCCCUGGUCUUCCACACACUUUGCGGAACAUAAAACAAGCUUCUUACUUCCAUCACAGAAGAUGGUUUUUGGUCGGUCCCAAAGCCGAGUGUGCACAGCUUGUUUGACGUCUUCAUUCUUUAUGUCCUCAGCAGUGCCUUUAUAAAGCUGUACCUCUCGAGUUUGUUGUCUGAAUUUGCUGACUUGUGCCUUAAAACUGAUUACGCACCUCAUUCCAAUAUAUAAAUAGAGGCCAAGCCAGAGAUGGCAUUUGACAGCUGUGCUGUAUUUGGGUACAAAUAUGUGCUUAAUGCAUUUCCUUAUCUUUAAUUCUCGUUGUGUGGAUCGAGUAGCAAAUCAACAGAAACCUCACAUUUUUCGUAGAACUCAGACUGGAAAUGCAUGUGAAGAGAAGUGACGUUGUAACUGGCAACUCUGCAAAUACAAGUAGAAUUAGAUCAUGCAUUUUAGCGAAUUAGGUUUAUUUUUGCAAAUGACUUGUACAUCAUUGAUCCACAUUAACAUACUGCUCUUUUUUUUUAAUUCUAUAAUAACCCGAAUCUGUAGCAAAAAUACAACUCGGCCCUGAAGACUAAAAGAAACUCCAUGUAGACUGGUGGCAUGUCAUUCUUCUGACAUUUGCACUCACUAGCAUUGAGCACCAGAAGCCACACGACUGCCCGACUGCAGGUGCUUUUCCAUUACAGGCAUAAAGAAGGUGACAUGUGGACAUUGACAAUAUUAAACAUAAGCAAUGGUUAUCAGAAUCCUCACCGCAUUCAAAAGGUAAUAAACAAAAUUACUGUGUGCUUUCAUUUUGCUGUUUUUAUGCUCUAGUUUUAGUUAUAUUUUUUCUACAGUGUUUUUACGCUGCACAGGAUGUUUGUUUCUAAAAAGUUCUUUUUAUCAUUCAUUUAUGUGCCACACGUCAAGUCGUGUUGAUCAAGGUCAUCACCUGAAACUAUAAAAUGCCUGCCCAUGGGCUGUGGUCCAGUGAACUUGUCAUGCCAUUUUGAAAAAAAAGCAAUUAUUGCACCAUAAUCAAAAUGAGAAUUAAAAAAAACAAAACUAUCUUCAACUACAGCCCUGUUGUCUGCAUGUCCACAUUGGCUGACUGCUGUGACACAUCCAGAGCAGACACCAGUUGAGCCACCAGAAAUAAAACACAGCCCAGCGUAGCGCAAGUCCGGGGGGCCUGCUGAAAGCCUCCAUGACUGAAGUUCGCUCGCCCAGAGCAGGAGAGUUUUCAAGGGAACUGUUAUUGUUAAAGGCACAUGUUAUGUAGUACUGUAUUAUUAUCAUCAUCAUCUGUUCAGAUUAUUCUUGUCGUUUUUAUAUGCCAAAUACGUUGCAAAACCAUUGUUAAUUCAAGAGGUUAUUAAUAUUGGAAGAGAAAUUCAGGGAAUCUUUUCGGUAAACAUGAUUUUAUCCUUUUUAGAUGAAGGCAAGCAAGACUAAUAUUUUGUACUUAAACUGAUACUGUUUAACUUUAUUGAUAUUUUUAUACCACCAAAGGCAAAAUGUUACAUUGUAAACGUGUGUAAAUAUUGUUAUAUGAACUACAAUAUAAAUGCCUUACAAUAUUUAAAAAAAAAUAUUGUUGACUUCUUGAGUUUCAUUUAAACGCCACAAUAAAGAGGAGCCACUGUUAAUGCACAUUUUUAAUUUCUUUGUAAUGAAGCAACGAUGAAAAAAAGAAAAGCAAAUUCUGCAAUUUGAUGUUCAUCCUCUGGUGCUUUUUUUUUUUUUUUGAAAUUUAAGAAGCGUGUUUAUAAUUACAGUUCUGUCAAAAGCAAAUUAAGUAAAAUUAUAGGGGAGUUUAUUACACUUAAA